CACUGCGAGAGGCUACGGAGUAGACAAAAGUAUGCGGACCUGAUGCUUCUCUUCACUUCCAAACCAAACCCUCAACCUCGACUCUUUCUUAUUUGAUCACCUUUUCCCCCCAAGCCUCUACACUCUUACUGUCCUCGCUUCUUUCACUUCCACAUCACUUGCACUCGCCAUCUUUUCUCACCACGAAUCCGCCACCCGAAUUUGCCGGCCCUAUUCACAUUUCACGACAGCAGCGGAGGGUCUUUGGUAGAUGCAGCUUUCCACGUCACAAUGUCCAAAUAGUCGUCUUAGGCCGAUUCAAGUCAUGGCAAAGCCAGCUACGGCCUCUUAUCUGGCAGCGCGGCCCCUCGUCCUCGGUCUAGCCAAAAUCCUCUCUCUUUUCAUCACACAACUACCUCUCGCCAACGCCGCACCCAUCUACGCAUCUACCUUGUUCCAUUCAUCAGAAAGAGAGGCUGAGGAAGAUGGACGACAAAACCAACAACUAUGGCUUUACCUGACUGUUGCUGCGGCCCUAGUCCUCCUCGGAGGCGCUUUCGCAGGGUUGACCAUUGCUCUCAUGGGACAGGAUGAGAUCUAUCUUCAAGUCAUCAGGGAUUCUGGCGAGGGGGCCGAGAAGAUUCACGCGGCCAAAGUGUUAAGACUACUGAAACAGGGUAAACACUGGGUUUUGGUCACCCUCUUGUUGAGCAACGUCAUCACAAAUGAAACGCUCCCCAUUGUCCUUGAUCGAUCUCUGGGCGGCGGCUGGCCUGCCGUUCUCGGUUCCACUGUGCUAAUCGUCAUUUUCGGAGAAAUCGUUCCACAGUCCAUUUGCGUUCGAUUCGGACUUCCGAUCGGAGCCUGGAUGUCCCCCUUUGUCUCCACACUCAUGUACAUCAUGGCACCCGUUGCCUGGCCCACCGCCAAACUCCUUGAUUAUCUUUUGGGCGAGGACCACGGAACGGUGUACAAAAAGGCAGGACUUAAAACACUCGUAUCAUUACAUCGAAGCCUCGGAGAGGUCGGCCAACAACUCAACGCCGACGAGGUCACCAUCAUCAGUGCCGUACUCGAUCUCAAGGAUAAGCCUGUUGGAAGCAUAAUGACUCCCAUGGACGAUGUCUUUACGCUGUCUCUCGAUGAUAUUCUCGACGAACCCACCAUGGAUGAUAUUCUGUCUCAAGGCUAUUCCAGGAUUCCAAUACACCACCCCGACAACGACAACGACUUUGUUGGAAUGUUGCUGGUCAAGAUGUUGAUUACCUAUGAUCCAGAGGAUGCCAAACCCGUCCGAGAUUUUGCCUUGGCAACCUUACCGGAAACUCGUCCCUCUACAAGCUGCCUCGACAUCGUCAAUUUCUUCCAAGAAGGGAAGUCGCACAUGGUCCUUGUUUCUGAAUUUCCGGGCGAUGAUCACGGCGCUUUAGGCGUGGUCACCCUCGAAGAUGUCAUCGAAGAACUCAUCGGGGAGGAGAUCGUGGACGAGUCCGAUGUCUUCAUUGAUGUUCAUCGUGCAAUCCGCAGAGCUAAACCUGCUCCCACCCGGAGGAUCUCAAGAAAUCAUUUUGUUGCAGAUCCACCCAGUGUCCAAGCCCCUGGUGCUGACCUAAUCGACAUCAAUGAGAGCGACGCGCUGCUGACCGAAGACCUCCAACGGACGACCACGACCGGUGAUCAGCAACUUGUCAAACACAAGGUCGUGUCCAAUCUUCGUCGCCGGUCCAGUGCGGGCAACAGCGUCGGCAGUGACAUCAAGGGUAUCAAACGGCCCUCGACCGAUGAAAUCAAGGAACAUCUCAAACACCUUGGUCCAUCCAAUCUUGCAAGCCGACCCAAGACCACUAGAUAUUCCGCGGUCAAGAUCAAACCAGGUGCAGAGAAUAGCACGACUAAAUCGAAUAUCGACGGAGUCGCGACUCCUGCCCGAAGGGUCUCUGAAACAUUUUCGGAUUAUCAGGGUGGCAUCGGCCAAGGUCUGUUGAAGUCGGGUGGAAAGCCGGCCAGCGAUGGUGUUCAGGCGCUCCAACAAGGCUAUGGCACAUUAAAUGCCUCGCCAGAUCACCAACGGCCUCUGCAUGCGACCAAGGGUAUCCAGGCAGAUCUACUCUCGCCGACCGAUGUCAGAUCACGGAGUCAAGGAGCUUCUCCGCCGACACAAGCCAAUCUGAAAAAGUCUGCCAGCCAGAGUACGCUCGGAAGCCUUCCUGAAGCUCGUCCAAGGUCUCGAAGCCCUUACCAUAGCAAGGGUCCUGCCCGAAGCGGAAGCAUUACUGAGAGCAUCGUGGAUACGAAUGGGUUUCGGAAAGUCGUUCUCGAAACAACGUCGAGCAGUGACUCUAAUGAAGAUGAAGAUAAUAGCGGGGCCAACAGAGCUCACUCCAACACUGAGAACGGGAAAGCUUCUCAAGGCAAAGACUCAAACCCACAGAUUGAAGCUCACAGUGGCCUAGACGAGGCGACGAAUUCAAGUUCCAAAAAGAAGAAACGCAGGCGCAAGAAGCGUGGUGCUAAUGCCAAUGCCGAAGAUGAGACGAUGCCGUUGCUUUAGCAAUGACUCGUCGGCGAUUCGUUAUGAUUAUUGUGUAGGUAUGCUAAGCGAGGUUUUUACUAUAUAUUUGAGAGGGACAUGUUACCACGGACCUUGCUAGAGGCCGUUAAUGCUACUGUUACUGCUGUUGUUGCUCCGUUGAGGCCUGGUCACUUGGACUGUGAAGCAGGUGUCGGAUCGACAAACGAAGAACAAGGAGGCUGUCACUGUACCAUUGUGAUGUGUUUGGCAGCUGGCUUGCAUGAGGACGCCUGGCUUGUGACUCGUUGAUUUCUACCGUCGACAUAAGGAGUAUUCAUGGUGCGAAUAGAUGUCAUGGGUGUCAUGUUUUUAAUUUUUUUGAGUGUGGUGGAGUGUUUGGUCUACCGGAGAAAUUUCUGGUGUUGUGAAUAAAAAUUAUUCAUUUUGAAUCAUCGCUGUGGCUGAUGAUCAAAAACUUCGAAAAA